CCGCCGCCGCGUCCAUGUUGACGGUCAGUGUUCUUUCCGUGUUCGCCGAUGUGUCUUCGUCCUGCUCGAGCCGGAGAGUAGAGAGUUUGCUCCUGUUUCCGGCAGACAGGCUCAGGCCUGUCAGGAAGAGUGCUCAUACACCCGAAACAACUCGUUUAGUGAGCUGGAAAGGCCAAAUCCCUCUGUGCAGCAGGUAUUCAAAACCAGUCCACAACAUGGAGGGAGCGACAUCGGCUGUUGGUUUUGGUGUGGUCAGAAACUCUCACAUUGUAGCAGAUAACCCUUAGAACUGAAAGUCAGGCCUGCAUGCAGCCACCGGGGGCUGGGGAAUGAAAGUGUAGUGAUGCAGACAGCAGCAUCCGAGUCUCUGCUGCCCAUCCAGCUACAAACCUGAGGUGGAUGUAAAAUGACCCCCUUGCUUCGUCAUGCCUUUUUCUUUGCACAUCUUCAGUCAGUGUAAAAUCACUUCCGUCUUCAACUGAAAAACCAUCAGUACCCAGCAGGCAGCCCUCCCUUCUGGUUUGGAGUUUGGAGUUCCUCCGAUGGAGCUUAGAGCUCUCUCCUGUUCCUGCCAGAGGCGCCCGGGAAGGAGUGCACAUCAGGAUGGAGGGUUUGGUUCCAUCAAUGAGGAUCAUUAUUAUCAUGCAGUCAGAAAAGAGUAUUUAUGUCAAUGGAAUUUGCAUUUGUCUUUUAUCAUGUUGUGUGUUAAGUGUUGUACUUUUUCCAUGGUUAAAGCCAAAUAAUUUUAUUGGCCUAUUUAUUAAGGAACAAUGAAGGAAAUAGCACAGUACUGAUAUUCUGAAUAAGACUCAAAUAAAUCGUGUGAAUCAAUUUUAAUAGUGAUUAAUGUUCAGAAUAUGAGUUGAUGGUUAUCAUGUUACAUUUCUGGACUUUUGGUGGGUUUUGCAUAUACAAACAACUAAAUGGUUUAUUUAAACUCUCAAAAAGCACGGCUCAGAAAACCACACUGAACGUGAAAACAGACAAACGCAGAAACCACCAGAAAACCAACCUAGGACGGACACUAGAAACGCAGAAUGAAAGGGCAAGGCAACAUGUGCUGCAAACACGGUAAGAAACACAGGCAGUGACUCAAAUGACUGACAAGCUUAGAUGGAGGAGGGUUAGGGUUAGGGAGGAAAAGCAGGUGACACAGGGAACACAGGAGAAGUGACAUGAGCUGCGUUGAAUAACCAGAAUAGGAGGGAACUGAGGGAGGGGAAGUAAACGGAGACACACAAGGGGAACACACAGGAAACUAAGCAGAGAGCCAAAAUAAAACAAAGGGAGCUAAAAGAAACACAAGAAAAACCAAGACACAACCUAGAAAACAAUCCAGAAUAAAACCAAAACCCGAUGUGAGUGAUGCCAGAGACACCUAGAGAAUGAGAUUGGGAGGAAUGUAACCUAGGAUCUGAAUAUAAGUGAAGUUGAAUAAAGUAAGUCUUUGUCUAACCUGGUCAUUGUCCAAGCUGGCAUGGCCUCAAAGUUGCAAGUUGCAUAAUUUUAAACUGAAUAUUUUGUGGCAGUGAAAUUCCAUUUCUGUUGUUAAAGCUCAGGCACAACUUUGGUGUUCCAGUUUUUGGAGAAUUAUGAACACCUCAUAACUGACUGCUCAACGACUGGUGACAAGCAACUAGAAGACCAAGGGAGUUGAAGCCAAGAAUCAACAUGGCUGUCUUCAAGCCGGAAAAUGUGGAAGACUUCUAUGAAAUCGGUGAAGUUCUGGGAAGCGGCCACUUUGGACAGGUUCGUCAGGUCCGUGAGAGGACAUCCGGGGUUUUUUGGGCAGGAAAAUUCCUAAAGAUCCGAAAAAUCGCAUGCAGCCGCCUGGGUGUGGAGAGGAGCAGUGUGGAGCGAGAGGUGGAGAUCCUCCAGUCUGUGCAACAUCCAAACAUUGUGACUCUCAAAGACGUUUUUGAGAGCCGAUCGGAGGUGGUCCUCAUCCUGGAGCUUGUCAGUGGAGGAGAAUUGUUUGACUUCAUUGCCGAGAAAGAGAACCUUCUGGAGAGUGAAGCUAUUGAGUUCAUGAAACAAAUCCUGGAGGGGCUGAGGUUUAUGCACGGGAGCAACGUUGCCCACUUUGACCUGAAGCCGGAAAACAUCAUGCUCUCUGACAAGGUGUCUUCCAACCCCAAUAUUAAACUCAUUGACUUUGGCCUGGCCCACCGCUUCCAUCAGGGGGAGGAGUACAAGAGCACAAGCGGAACUCCCCAGUACAUCGCUCCCGAGGUGAUCAACUGUGAGCCUCUCAGUACAGCAGCUGAUAUGUGGAGCAUUGGAGUUAUCACCUACAUACUGCUGAGUGGUUUGUCGCCAUUCCAAGGUGAGACUGAUGAGGAGACUCUAAGGAAUGUCCUUGCCACGAAGUAUGAGUUUGACGAGCGCUACUUCAGCAUGGCAAGCUCCAUGGCUAAAGAUUUCAUCCAGAAACUCUUGGAGAGGAAUCCAAAUGAGAGGAUGACAGCUGAGGAGUGUCUCCUUCAUCCUUGGAUUAAGCCCAUCACACGCAAACAGGCAGCCAAUAGGAAUCGAUCCUCAAUCAAUAUGAAGAACUUUAAGAAGUUCAACGCCAGACGAAAAUGGAAGAUGUCCUACAACAUGGUGUGGAUGUGUAACCGGCUUGUGAAUUUGAGACUGCUGAAUAAGGGCAGGACUGAUCCAGAUCCAUUGCAGAGACAGUGUGAGAGUGACGCUGAGGACACAGACAGCAAGCCUGCCUCUCUGUUGCGCAGAAGACUCAGCAGCAGUUCUUAGAGCUAACCAGAAGGAGACAGCAGAGGCGUGGGGGCUCGGCGGAGAAAACUCCACACAAACCUUUAUUUCAUUCUUCUGGUUAAAUGGGCCUCUUAACAUUAACUGUUCAAAUCUCACACGGUUGCAGAGUUGUAUUAGUGACUUUUUAAAGCUCCUCCUCCAGAUCACGUGGUGCAAAUGCAUGCCUUCUUUUUUUAAAGUGAGUAUUGAGAUGGUUACAGAUUUUUAGAAAACUGAUAAACAAUUUGCUAAGAAAUGUUUUGGGAUAGAAUUAUAUUUCCUAUACAAAAGUCAAAUCUAUUUUAAGUACAAGUCUUCCAUGAAUAACAUGUGACGUAGAACACUUCUCAUCAGUCAGUUUCAGAAAUUCUGCGGCUGCUUUGAGUGAAAAUCACUUUUAACAGUCAGACCUUUUGUCCAUGUUGCGUAGAAGCUGAACUUGAUUCUUCUCCUCCUAAGGACUCUUUCCAAGCUUAGAAAUGAAAGAUUGAAUUAAGACCCAGCAUCAACAGCCGUUAGUGUGUGUGCGUGCGCGUGCGCGUGUGUGGGAGGGACA